AUGGUAAUCGCUUCUUUAAAUGCUUUUGUGAUACCGGAAGUAGUGGAAUCAAAAAAAGAUUUUCCAUGCUAUUCUCUACCUCGUGAGAACUAUACAUGCAGUGCAUGCAUUCAGUUUCAUGAUACCUGUGCCUGGUGCAGUCAAGCAAAUUUUGACGACGAAAGUCAGCAUCCCCGAUGUGAUACUUUGGAGCGGCUUAUUGAACACGGUUGUCCGGAGUACGAAAUUGAAAAUCCUCAAACAACUGUGAAGAUAACUGAGAAUCAAGAACUCAGUAAUGCUGGGGAUCUAGCAGUCGAGGAAGAAGCAGUUCAGUUACGACCUCAGAGAAUGGUAGUCAAUAUACGACCAAAAGCUCGUGUUCGGUUUCAAGUGACCUAUCGACAAGCUGUGGAUUAUCCAGUAGAUUUAUAUUAUUUGAUGGACCUGUCAUAUUCCAUGAAGGAUGAUAAGCAAAAGUUGUCUGAAUUAGGAGAUUUAUUAGCUGAGCGAAUGAAAGCAAUUACCAAAAACUUCAGACUAGGAUUUGGUUCAUUCAUUGACAAGAGAUUGAUGCCAUUUGUGGAUCCUCGUCCAGAGAAACAAUUAUCGCCUUGUCCUGAACAAUGUGCACAACCUUACGGUUUCAAAAAUCAAAUGAGUCUUACAAUGGAUACCGCUAGAUUCUCCAAAGAAGUGGAAGAGGCUGAAAUAUCAGGAAAUUUAGACGCUCCAGAAGGGGGUUUUGAUGCAGUUAUGCAAGCUUUGACAUGUAAUAACAGCAUUGGUUGGCGUGAACGUGCUCGAAAGAUGAUUGUUUUUUCCACGGAUGCUGGUUUUCAUUACGCUGGAGAUGGACGGAUGGCUGGUGUUGUUAUACCAAAUGAUGGACAGUGCCAUUUAGAUAAUCAUGGAUACUAUACGAAAUCGCUCGAUCAAGAUUAUCCUUCGAUCGCACUGUUGCAUCAAAAAAUCAAAGAAAGAAAAGCGAAUUUAAUUUUUGCUGUUACUGAGAAAAAUAAGGAUUUGUAUAAACAACUUAGUGAUGCCUUACCGGACGUGAGCAGUUCAGUAGGUGUGCUAGCAGAUGAUUCAAGAAACAUUGUUUCUCUUAUUGAGGAAGAAUACAAUAAGAUUUCACAGAAAAUUAUCAUGGUAGAUAACGCAAAUGCAAGUCAGGGUCUAAGGUUAUCAUAUCGAUCAAAAUGUUUAGAUGGGCUUACUCCUAAGGAAACAAACGUAUGUGAUGGAAUAAAAGUAGGUGAUGAAGUUUCGUUCGAAGUUACUUUGGAAGCAACACAUUGUGUAAAAGCGCGUGAUUUCAAUUUGAAAAUCGGACCAAGUGGUCUUGAUGAAACUCUUCAAGUCGAUGUUCACGUGCAGUGUGAUUGUGAUUGCGAAAGUGACAAAGUUAUCUAUAAUUCUCCUAUAUGCCACCGGAAAGGAGAUUUAGUUUGUGGUGUAUGUAUAUGCCAUGGGACGAAUGUUGGACGACAUUGCGAAUGUGAUGCGCCCGGUCUGUCUACUGUAGCUUUAGAUGCAAAAUGUAAAAGAACAAAUGAAAGCGCAAUUUGUGAAGGUCGUGGGGUGUGCAAUUGUGGUGUUUGUGAAUGUUUCCAACGUGAUAAUAUCAAUGAAAAAAUCUCAGGUCGAUUUUGUGAAUGUGAUAAUUUCAACUGUCCACGACAUGAUCGUAAGAUAUGUGCAGGACAUGGGACCUGUGAUUGCGGCCAAUGUACAUGCGAACCUGGAUGGACAGGUCGAGCAUGCGAAUGUCCAUUGAGCUUGGACAGUUGCAUGGCUUCAAACGGUAAAGUAUGCAAUGGUCAAGGAGAAUGCAUAUGUGGUCGCUGUCGUUGUUUUAGUGACGGACCUGGCAAUCGUUAUUCUGGUCCCAAGUGCGAGAUUUGUCCUACCUGUCCAUCAAAAUGUGUCGAACAUAAACCAUGUGUGAUGUGUCAGCAAUGGCAGACAGGCCCAUAUAAUGAUACUCAGUGUGCAGAAUGUGCUUUCACCGUUAUACCUGUGAAAGAAUUACCAGUAUUAAAUGAUACUACGGAAUGUCAGUUCGUCGAUCCAUCGGAUGAUUGCACAUUUUAUUAUCUUUAUUAUGAAGAUCAGAGAACUGAUAAUCUUACCGUAUGGGUGAAGGAAGAAAAAGAUUGUCCACCUCCAGUACCAGUUCUUGCUAUCGUUUUGGGUGUCAUAGCUGGUAUUGUUAUACUUGGUUUAAUUCUGCUUUUGGUUUGGAAGUUGUUAACUGUUUUGCAUGAUCGCGCUGAGUUUGCCAAAUUUGAUAGUGAAAGGUUAUUGGCAAAAUGGGACACUAAUGAAAAUCCAAUAUACAAGCAAGCAACGACGACAUUUAAGAAUCCGGUGUAUAUCGGUAGUAAUACGAUGAAAAACAAAUAA